AAGAGGCCCACCCGCCGAAGGAGCCGGCGGAGGCGCCCGAGGAAGCCGCGCCGAAGGAGCAGCCGGCGGAGACCAAGGCCGAGCCCCGCCGCGAGCCCAUGGAGCGAGACCUCCCGCCGGUGGCGCUGGCGAGCAGGUGGCCGUUCCAUGGCGCCAGGAGCGUCCGCCUCUACCGCCCACGGCAGUACUUGCCUGCCUGGAGCCUCCCCCUGCCCGCGGGGGGCGAGAGCUUCCUGUCCCGCCGCCGCCGCUCAGCUGCUGCCCCCCCUCACCCCCCCGCCGUGCACGCCGACCCCCGCAAGUCCCAGCAGGUCUCCUCCCGCGUGCUGGAGUUCGGCCACCGGCACAAGCGUGACCUCCGACCCCUGACCCGCCGGCCUCGUGACCUCGCCUCGAACGUGAACCUGGACAGCCUCUUGCGCAACGUCGACGUGGUCGAGCUGCUCGGUCUGCUGUCUCGGGGAGGCGCCCAGGGGGCUCCGGUGGGCGCUGGGGCGCUGGGCUCAGGGCCGCGGGGCAGGAAUCACCAGCUGGGCUUCGGCACCCUCUCCUACGCGCCCAUGCCCCCCGCCGCGCCCAAAUUCCCGCCGCAACCCCGCGUCUUCCCCGAGUACGAGGAGGACGAAGACGAGGACGAAGGAGAGGAGGCGAUGGGGCAAGGAGCUCGGGGGCAGCAGUGGUAUCCUGUGGUGCCAGCCGGAGGACGCGUCUGGCGGAGGUCCGGCGCCCUGGGGCUGUCGGCUGUGCCAGGCUUCAAGAGGUCGGCUUUCAGGGCCAACACCAUGCAGGCUCAGCGGGCCAGGAACCAAGAUGACGACCUGUAUUCCCUGGCCGCCAUGCUGGGCGCCGAGCUCGACCCCGUCACCCAUCGCAUCCAACGCGCCGCGAUGUAGACCUGAGGACCCAAGGGAGGCGUCCUAGGGAUGCUUAGGGACCCCUGGGUGCUGACGAGGUCCUAGGGGGGAGGGGGGAAAGGGGAGGUGUCCCUAAGGGUGGCCACAAUCUCCUGGGGGAUCGGAUAGUGAAGUGGAGGUUGGUUUCGGUCUCUGGGAGUUCGAGGGUAGCAAGAGUCGGGGAAAUGGGUCCUUUCAGGUAAACGAGGUGCUGGUGGAUUUCCUAAAGUUUCGUUUGUAAUUAUAACGUAGAUGAAGAGAUAUGAUGAUGAUGGUAAGGGAGUAGAGGAAAGAUGGAUAGAAACAGACGAAAAACAACUGUGAAUUUUAAGCCGCUCUUAGGCGUGUCAUGUGAUGAUUUUGAUGAAUAGAUAUGAAGAUGGUAAAGAAGUUAAGGGAAGGUAGAUAGAAAUAGAGAAAUGACAUGAUUGUUUUUUUUUUAAACUCUCGGUUUAGACAGGUCGUUAUUACUCGCUCUGUGAACCUAAGACCAUCUCUCAUUCAAUAUUUUUUCUUACUCGCGGAUUCGGUCUCGUGGAUGCUGACAGCCGGGCUAGAAUUGGCACGAAAGGAAUGGCCUGGGAAUCUCGACCCCCCCACCGCCCCAGGACCCCCCCACUCCAAGGACCACUGCAUCUCCCCGUGUCAGCAUUUAGGUCUCGUCCGUGCGCCUGGUCUGACUUCAGUCCUUAGCAUUCCUAAAACAAGAACAUUGAGAUCCUCGUUCAGUCAGUGUUAGAGAAAACAAACAAAAAAAGAUAAUAAUAAUAAAAUGAUAAAAAAAACAUCAGUAUUACCAGUGUAGGUCCUUCAGCAGGCCGUUAGUUAGUGGUUUAUUGCAGCACAAGGUUUUCAUUAGCAUUAGUAGGUUACAAGUUAAAAUAGUCCUUCAUAACCUGCAAAUGUAUAACAAAUGUAUAACACGUAUUCAGAAGUUGCCUUUUACUGCGCAAGGUGAUAAAUAUUCCGUGUUUUAGCAGA